AUGGAUCAACAAGAAGCACCCAUAUAUUAUGGCAGAUCCGUAAAUAAGGUCUACAACCAGGAAUUUAUCAUUGAUAGUCGAUUCAAAAUAGUCAAGGAGUUGGGCCAUGGUGCCUAUGGUAUUGUGUGUUCAGCAAAAUACGAUAAUGGGUCCAAAAAGGUUCCUGAUUCAAACAACGGUAAUGCCUCAUCUUCAGCUAAUGCAUCGUUUGUGGCAAUCAAAAAGAUCACUAAUAUUUUCAGCAAAAACAUCUUAUGUAAACGUGCUUUGCGUGAAUUGAAGUUGUUGCAGUUCUUCAGGGGCCAUAAAAAUAUAACAUGUUUAUAUGAUUUGGACAUUAUCCCCAAUCCCAUGACAGGCGAGUUUAAUGAAAUAUAUUUAUACGAAGAAUUAAUGGAAUGUGACAUGCACCAAAUCAUUAGAUCUGGACAACCAUUGUCCGAUCAGCACUACCAGUCGUUUAUUUAUCAGGUAUUGUGUGGAUUGAACUUCAUCCAUUCGGCUGAUGUGUUGCAUCGUGAUUUGAAACCAGGUAACUUACUUGUCAAUGCCGACUGUGAGCUUAAAAUUUGUGACUUUGGUUUAGCAAGAGGGUUUUCUGAGAACCCCGACGAAAAUGCUGGGUUUAUGACAGAGUAUGUUGCCACCAGAUGGUACAGGGCACCAGAAAUUAUGUUGAGUUUCACCAACUACACUAAGGCAAUCGACAUCUGGUCUGUUGGUUGUAUAUUGGCAGAACUUUUGGGGGGCAAGCCACUUUUCCGUGGCAAAGAUUACGUAGAUCAACUUAAUCAGAUUUUAAUGAUAUUAGGUACCCCACCAGAAUCCACGUUACAAAGAAUAGGGUCCCACAGAGCCCAGAACUAUGUCAGAUCUUUGCCGAUUACGAGAAAAGCUAGCUACGAAGAACUUUUCCCUGACGCCAACCCGUUGGCGUUGGAUUUAUUGGAAAGAAUGUUGACUUUAGACCCACGUGAGAGAAUUACAGUUCGAGAUGCAUUGAAUCAUAAGUACUUAGAGCUUUGGCAUGAUCCUAAAGAAGAAAUUGAGUGCCAAGUCAAAUUUGAUUUCAAGUCGUUUGAGACUGUAGAUGGGUUGGACGAAAUGAAACAGUUGAUCAUGGAUGAAGUUCAGAAGUUUCGUGAAUUUGUGAGGAAGCCAAUUGAGGAACAGCAGCGAAUACAAAUGCAGCUACAUAUGCAAAAACGUGAAGAACAGCGACAAGAGGAGGAAGAGAAAGAGCUACUAGAACAGCAAAGACAGUUUCCAGCUCAAGAGAGUAUGGAUAUUUCUCAGACCCCUUACAAUAACUUGGAAACGAAUAUAGGUACUCCUCAGGUUGAAGAUGAUUAUCCCAGACCACAAGAGUUGGAUGAGUUUACUUUUUCAAAUUUGGAAUCUUCAAGCUCCAUGAAUUUGUUCCAAGACAUGGCUAAACCAUCAGGAGAAGAGUAUAUAAAGCUAGAGGAAGAGCUUGGGUUUGGAUUAGAUGGUGCUAUGUUUAACAACUACUGUAACGACCACCAGUAG